GCAGGCUGAUAAUCAAUAGCACUGAGCGAGCAUCACAAUCAUCCGAGGCCUCGGCUCCAAACAGCACCUCCUGUGCUCUGCUUCUAAACGCCGUUCUCCACGAGGCCCCGCGACACACUCACGUCCACGAGUGUGACCCGGAAUGGAAACGUUCCGUGCUGCUGCUGGAAUGAUCACAUGGUCACACUGGGAAUGAUGGAGAAGCUCUCGUAUCGAGCGGACGGUGUUAAUUACUUCAUCCAUUAUUCAGCCUGUGGACGAUCCAAUGAAACAGAAAGGCCUCCGCUCAAUAGUCGCGAAACACCCGAGAAGACUUUGGAGUCCCCGUGGGGGGAUUUGGUAGCCGGCGAUGGGAUGGAUCGGAUGCGCCAGACCACCAUGGACCGGGCUCGAGUUGGCACGGCCGAUCAGCGCCAGCUGCUCGUCAGUCUCAGCCCGCGUUGAUGGACCACUGACGCGCUGCAUCGUUUGAGGCAAAGUUUAUUAAAACACGUGAAUGCAUGAUGUCUCAAGGACGUUCUAUGAACAAAGGAUGUGUGACGUGUUCUUGCUGAGAGACGACAAACAACGGGGGGUACUCGAUCUGCCUUGCUGUGUUGUGACUGACUGAGGAGCGUGCACGCCACCUCCUGGCCAAAGGUCUAAUGUGCACAUUGUGUUUGCACAGGGAACGUUUUGCAAAGAUGGAUUUGGAGUUCAUUAUGUAAAUAACUAAACUAUCAAUACUCAUUUCGUGGUCUUUUCAGAGGACGGUGUCCAUCAGGACAGAAGCUUUUCAUGGUAGCAGACUGUGUACCGGACCAGUGUACUCGUUGGGGACGUUCUGUGAGACAGGCUCGGUUGACCUGUUGUGGUUUUCCCCCCACGAGAAUCUGUGCAUGUGGAUGUUGACACACUGCUGCUUUCAGACCGGACGUGUAAAUAGAGCUCUGUACUUUGGAGUGAUGGUCCACUGUGUGUUAGUGUCAGGAUACCAGAGCUGUCAGGAUGGCACCACUCUAUUUAUCUUACUUAAGUCUGCUGCUUUUGGACUUCCAGCCGCUCUGCGGAGCUCCGGCCUCCGGCCCGGCGUUCCUGUCCGGCCGGGCGGCCGACUCCGUCCUGAGGAGACACAAACGCUACAACAGAGGUUUGUUUGAGGAGCUGCUGCAGGGCAACUUGGAGAGAGAGUGCAUGGAGGAAGUGUGUGACCGGGAGGAGGCCAGGGAGAUCUUCGAGGACGAUGAACAAACGAGGAAGUUCUGGGCGACAUAUAGAGACGGCGAUCAGUGUGAGUCCAGCCCGUGUCUGAACGAAGGGUCAUGCAGAGACCACAUCGGCUACUUCAGCUGCGCGUGUGCCUCUGGCUUCACCGGCCAGAUCUGUGAGAUCGUCGUAGCAAAACGCUGUGACGUGAACAAUGGCGACUGCAUGCACUUCUGCACGUCAAUGGGAACAUCUGGAGCAAAAUGCUCCUGUGCGAGAGGAUACAAGCUGCUGCAGGACGGACUCAACUGUGACCCACACGUCGAUUUCCCCUGUGGCAGAACUGCCCUCAUGGAGGUAAGUGCAGCGUCCAGGAGGUCUCUGUUCGGCCGGGGCGAUGAAAGCCUGCAGAACGCCACCACAUCCCCUCCCUCGGCACCGGCCGGCACCGCGGCGCCUUUCCCUGCUGCCAAUGAGUCUGCAGAACACACAUCUCGAAAGAAACUGCCCCGGUAGGUUGACCGUGGUGCUGAGGUCCAGGCUGAGGAGAAGCCUCAGGCUUUUAAACGCAUUGUAGGGGGCGAGGUGGCAAUCCCAGGGGAGAUCCCAUGGCAGGUGGCCUUGAUAGGGCGACCCAGCGGUGAGUUGUUUUGUGGGGGCUCCAUUCUCAGCGAGCGCUGGGUCAUCACCGCUGCUCAUUGCCUGGGGGAGGAAGCCGGCUCCUUCUUCGUCAGAGUGGGGGAGCAUGACAUCUACAUCAACGAGGGCACGGAGCAGGACCACGAAGUGUCGGAGCGGCACAUAUACCACCGCUACAACGCCAGCGUGAGCUUGUACAACCACGACAUCGCCUUGCUCCACCUCCGAAGCCCCAUCGUGUUCUCCACAGCGGUGCGGCCCAUCUGCUUGGGGCCCAAGGCCUUCACCGAGGCGCUGGUGAAGGAGUCUUCCCCGGCCACGGUCAGCGGCUGGGGCAGAACGCGCUUCCUUGGGUUCACGGCUGCCGCCCUGCAGAGGGUCGAGGUUCCCUACGCGGAUCGGAUCGAGUGCAAGCAGAGCAGCAGCGCCAGGAUCACGCCGGCCAUGUUCUGCGCCGGAUACCACGAGGAGGCCAAAGACGCCUGCCAGGGCGACAGCGGCGGGCCUCACGCAAACAGCGCUCACGACACGUGGUUCCUCACGGGCAUUGUGAGCUGGGGGGAAGAGUGUGCAAAGCAGGGCAAGUACGGCGUGUACACCCGGGUGUCCCUUUACUAUCCCUGGAUAAACCACAUUAUGAGGUUGACUAAACAGAGAGUGGCCCUUGACAUGGAAGACCCUGACCUCGAUUUUUAAAUGUCAGAGAUUUUAAGAACGUUAAACGAAUGCUCAAUUCUUUUUUUUCCCUGCUUCACAGAAUAUUCAUUAUGUACAUGUAACUAACAUUCUGGAUGACAAAUGACUAGAAUUCCUCCAACCCAGUCUCAUAAAUAAUGCACUUGGAAAAAAAAAAAACCCAUCUAGAUAUUUUUAAGACAAUAUACUUAAGAUGAUCUUU